AUGGAGAUGGAGAUACAUGGAGUAAUUUCCUGCUGCGUCUGGUUUCCUCAUUUCCUUAUUUCACAGAGCGACUACAGCCAGGAGGCCAAGACGCACUUGGAGCAGCUCCAGCAGACGCUCACGCACUUGGAUCAUCACUCCCAUUCGCAUUCGCAUCCGCAUCCGCACCAUCAUCCCCAUCAUCAUCACCAUCAUUUGGGGCUCUACCAUGGGGCGCCGAAUACAUCUACUUUAACGACAGACUCGGUGGUUUCCUGUGUCAGUUCGACGUUGCCGGCCGUGGCCAAGGCCAUAUCUUCAUCGUCAUCGUCCUCCAGUUGCGGCCACCUGGAGACGGAGCGCAAGAAAUGUCACAGCAAUGACCUGGAUGCCGGCCACACUCUGAUGGAGGCCAUCUGCAAUGGACAGAAGUCGACGGCAACACCGCCGGGCCUAGCCGGAAGCCUGUCGCCGCCGGCAUCGAUUGCAACGUCCGCUCUGAUGAAUGCCACCGCGGCCGCCAGCAGUUCAAACGGAGGCGGCGCCUCUCUGUGCAAUGAUCUCACACGCGAAUCGGCCUGGUAUGCGCAUCACCAUCAUCACCAUCACCACCACCAUCACCAGCAGUUGGCCGACGAGCUGGUCAUGUAUGCAACGCCCACGCCCACGCCGGCUAUUGGCAAAUUCGGGCUGGACACAUCCACCGAGGGUUACUUGAACGCAAGGUACAAUGUGAAUGUCAAAGGCGUGCGCCAUGAAAGAACAUCAACUUUCUUCGAUAUACCCGCUGUGACGCACCCACACACCCAUGCGCACCCGCACCCGCACCCGCACCCACACCCGCUUCCGCACUCGCAUCCGCAUCCAUAUUGCUACAGAUUUCCAUCAUCGCCACCCGCGGGCAUUCUGAAAAAGAGCGACGAAGAAACGUCCAGCGCUGCCGCCGCCGCCGCUGCUGCUGCUGUCUAUUGCAACGAUGUCUCCUCUGGGCAGCACUUCCAGGCCAACACGAAAAUCGAGCACGCGGACUCCACCACGACAGCGGCACAGCAGCAGCAGCAGCAGCAACAACAGCAACAACAGCAGCAGCAGCAACAGCAACAGCAUCAGCAUCACCAACAGCAACUGCAGCAUGCGGCACUGCACCCGCACCAUCAUCAUCAUCAUGGACACCACCAGCAGGCGGAGCAGCAGGCCCUGACCCACCUGACUCCACUGCAUGCAGCCUCCGCCUUCAAGUUCAGCCACACGGCUGUCAUCUCCAGCUCGGCUGUCUAUGGCACGCCCGCGCACUAUGUGCACCAGCAGCAGACGCAGUCCCAGUCGCAUGCCACCGUCUAUCGAGAUCUCUCCCCCACCUCGGCGGCGGCGGUGAGUGAUGCAGAACUGAAGUACGAUAGCGGUCCGUACAAUGCCACCAUAUCCUCCACCUAUCCCGGGGCUCUGCGGCCCAGCGUGGUGGAUUCGACCACGUCCAGCGACGCGGAGCUGCGUCUGGACCAGUUCUAUGCCAGCAAUGGCAUCUCCACCAGCAGCAAUGGCCAGCCCAUAAGCCAGCGUCGCGGCUCGCUGCAACUGUGGCAGUUCCUGGUGGCCCUUCUGGAUGAGCCCAACACCAGUGCCAGUUGCAUUGCCUGGACCGGCCGGGGCAUGGAGUUCAAGCUGAUCGAGCCCGAGGAGGUGGCCCGACGCUGGGGCCUCCAGAAGAACCGCCCGGCCAUGAACUACGACAAGCUGUCCCGCAGUCUCCGCUACUACUACGAGAAGGGCAUCAUGCAGAAGGUGAAUGGGGAGCGUUAUGUCUACCGCUUCGUCUGCGAUCCGGAUGCGCUGUUCAACAUGGCCUACGGCCAUCUCACCGCCGGAACCGGCAAGGGCGAUCAGCACCAGCUGACUCUGUCGCUGGCCAAGACGCCGCCAGCUCCCACCGAUGCCCAGUCUCCUCGCGUGCCAAAGUCGGACUAUUAUGACACGGCCGGCUUGCAUAAGUAUUAGUGCUUGCACGUGGACUGUGGGCGGAGCGUGGGAUUGUUGCCGGAUGGGCGUGGUUGUUGGGUCUCUUGUACAUUGUGUAAUUUAGUUGCGUGGGUGCGGAGUGCGGGGUGAAUGUCGAAUGA